AAUGGGUGGUCAGAGAGUAAGAUGGCGGACUGCGAAUCGGAGGUGCAGCGCUUGCCAGCCGCGAACGAAGACGUAACGAGAAACGCGAAUGUAACAAUGAUUACCAACGGACGCGUGCCUCAACAUCCGGUAAACCAAACAAAUCCUAUCGGACAAGGACCAAGACGCGUCACUAUUUACAAAACCGAAACUGGUUUUGGGUUCAAUGUACGCGGUCAGGUCAGCGAGGGUGGACAACUACGAAGCAUCAACGGAGAACUGUACGCGCCGCUUCAGCAUGUCAGCGCCGUAUUACCUCGAGGUGCUGCCGAAAAAGCCGGCGUACGAAAAGGCGAUCGUAUAUUAGAAGUAAACAGUGUGAACGUCGAGGGAGCAACCCACAAACAGGUGGUGGAUUUGAUAAAGUCAGGGGGCGACGUGUUGACGUUGACAGUCAUCUCUGUUACGCCGCAAGAAGCGGAAAAGCUCGAACCGUUCGAAGACUUGAGUUAUGCAUCGGUGGACUACAGCGAAAAGCGAUCCCUACCCAUCAGCGUACCGGAUUAUCACGUCCGUGAGAGGAAACACGAACGUUACGUCGUUUUCAACGUUCACAUGGCAGGCAGACAUUUAUGCUCUCGACGUUACCGGGAAUUCGCCGCUUUGCACAUGGCUCUCAAAAAGGAAUUUAUCGGAUUCAACUUUCCCAAAUUACCUGGAAAAUGGCCAUUCCAAUUGAGCGAGCUGCAACUCGACGCGAGAAGGCGCGGUUUAGAACAAUAUUUGGAAAAGGUUUGUGCCGUAAGAGUAAUUGCCGAAAGCGAUAUCAUGCAAGAAUUCUUGGCUGAUAGACUCGAAGAAGAUGGUGAUCAAGGGCCAGCAGUCGAUUUAAAAGUACUGUUGCCGGAUCGCGAGGUUGUUACUGUUACAGUUGCUAAAGCGGCCUCUGUCAGUGAUGUGUACGAUGCAGUUUGCAGUAGAGUGGGAUUGGACGCAGAAACGGCGAAAUACUUUUAUCUUUUCGAGAUCGUCGAGUACAAUUUCGAAAGGAAACUGCAACCCCACGAGCAUCCCCAUACUUUGUACGUUCAAAAUUACUCGACCGCCAGUGUGACGUGUUUAGCAAUAAGAAGGUGGCUUUUUAACUUAAAUAGACCGCUCAGCGAGCAAGCGUUAACUUGGAUAUUUUGGCAAACGGUGGACGAAGUGAACAGGGGGCAUAUCACGGCAGGAGAAAGAUUAUACCAGUUGAAAGCGUUGCAAGACGCGUCCAGGAAACACGAGUAUCUAAAAUUGGCGAGAGAAUUGAGCGGUUAUGGUGAUAUCGUGUUCCCUCAUUGCGCAUGCGAUUCGCGCAAGGAAGGACACGUUGUCCCCGCUGUAGGUGCACCAGCAUUUAAGCUGCACGCGGCGAAGGAGGACGGCACUUUGGAAUCUCAAGUUGUCGAAUUUCAAUGGAAUACUAUUACACGAUGGGAGGUGGAUGAAGAAGGGAUGGCGUUCUGCUUUCAAUAUACGCGUCAAGAUAACCGUCCACCGCGUUGGCUCAAGCUUUUCACACCUUAUUACACGUUCCUGUCGGAUUGUUUCGAUCGAAUAGCCGAGGAAGGAAAAUGGGACGAUCCAGGAGAAUGAAGAAACGUUCGGCGUUAAAAAGAAAGAAAGAAAGAAAGAAAAAAAGAUAUUCGGUGCAUAAUAGCAAAGGUAUCGUUUCAUCGAGGUAUCAUUUCAUUUAUCUAGCAAGGACUUUUUGAUUAGGAUUACUUUUUUAUGGCGAUUUAAAUAUCAAUAAGACGCUCUGAUCAUAAUCUCGCUUUGUUCAAUCAACGAUGCAUCGUUAUGUAUUAUUAUAUAUUGUUGUUUUAGUUAUAAUGUUAUAAAUACGAAAUACAAAGGUAAUCGAAAAUCAACAAUUUUUCUGUUCUAAAGUGAAAUAGAGAUUGACAUUAAACUUGUCAAACUUGUCCAAUCGAUGAAACACUUUUAUCAUUAGAUUAGAUUUUAUUUAAAGAAAAGCAAAUUUACUUUUAAUAGCAAUUAUUAAGAGGGCUAAGAUAUUGUUACGUUAUCCUAAUCAUCUGUCUAGAUGAAAUCUAUUUUCUUGGCCUAUCGUUCACGUAGAAGUGUAUUAAAUUAAAUCUCGAACAAGAGAAUCACUGAAUCACCGGAGUCGUUCCUUUUUUACUAGCCUAAUAGUUAUCGCCAAUUUUCAUUAGAUUCCGAACGCAAAUGUAUCAACUUAACCAAGAAGUAUUAUCUUUCAAAUUACGAUUCGAUUCCUCUCACGUUCUGUACGUAAGUUUUUUUUUUCUUUUCUUUUUUUUUUCCUCUUUUCUAAAAUCUUUUCAACAAUCUGUCCGUCUUCUUUCCUACGUUAAACAAUUUUAUAUAUAUAUAUAUAUAUAUAUAUAUAUAUAUAUAUAUAUAUAGAGAAAUAGGUUGUCGCAAUAUACAUUUCAUGUUAUUCGUAUGAAAAAAGAAAAAGAAAAAAAUAAGCGUAAUAGAGCAGAAUAGCACAGAUACAUACUUUUUCCCGAAGCUAUAUUUUUAUUAUUAAAGAUGCAGAAAUAAAUAAAACAGAAUUGUUCUCUGAUCCGAUCUCCGAUAUCGUAAUCGAUAGUAUGUACAAAUGGAUGGAUGUGCUAGAGGUGUGAAAAUAAAUCGAAACGUUAAUUCGAAUUUAAAGAGAAAAAAAAAAAAAAAAAAAAAAA